AUGUCAGAGAAAAACGGAUCAUAUCCUGGAGUUUAUCCAACAACUCCUGAUCCAUGGCCACAGAUCACUACCACCACCUUAACACCAGACAACAGCACAGUGGUGGAAGGGGAGAUCCGUCUGGCCAAUGGAUCAAACACCUCCUGCUCUGGCAGAGUGGAGAUCUUCCUUCAUGGACAGUGGGGGACGGUGUGUGAUGAUUACUGGGACCUGAAUGAUGCUCAGGUGGUCUGCAGACAGCUGGGCUGUGGCAGGGCGCUCUCAGCACCACUCGGGGCAGAAUUUGGACAAGGUACAGGGAACAUCUGGUUGGAUGAUGUCAAGUGCACAGGCAGCGAAUCAAAGCUCUCUGAGUGUCCACACAGAGGAGUAGGAAGUCACAACUGUGGUCACCGUGAAGACGCUGGUGUCGUGUGUGAAGCUCUUUCACCAGUGAGGCUGGUCAAUUCUGAUAACCGCUGCUCUGGCAGAGUGGAGAUCUUCCAUAAUGGACGGUGGGGGACGGUGUGUGAUGAUUACUGGGGCCUGAAUGAUGCUCAGGUGGUCUGCAGACAGCUGGACUGUGGUGAAGCUCGUGCAGCGCCACCACAAGCCCAAUUUGGACAGGGCAGUGGACCCAUCUGGUUGGACGAUGUUCAGUGUUUUGGAAAUGAAUCAUCGAUCACAAACUGCACUCACAGAGGAUUUGGGGUCCACAACUGUGGUCACAAUGAAGAUGCCAGCGUUGUAUGUGAAUUCCAGUCCCCUUCACAUGAGGCUCCUCAGCUUAUUUGCAGAAGUGAUAAACUUCUGAUCGGACUGCAUAUCAACAGCGUGACAGCUGCUGGUUUAAAUCCAUUCUCUGGAAAUCUGGCUUCCCGCAACUGUUCCUGGUUCUCAGUGCAGGAUGAUUGGGUUUGGUAUGAAGUGGACGCUCAGGCAGGGGCCUGUGGAAAUGAACUGAGGACCAACAGGACACAUGCCGUCUACUCCAACGCUUUGUUCAUCUACCCAAAUAAUCAAUCCUUCGCCGUUCCUGUGACUGUUCCCUUCUCCUGUGCUUAUCCUCUGAACACAGACAGCUCCCUGUAUAUGACAAUCAGGCCAUUCCUGCCGGUGGCAGCUGGUAUUUCAGGUGACGGUCCAAAAGCCAGAGCCUACAUGAAUCUGUAUCGUGACCCCGGCUUCACCGACCGUUAUUCAGGAAUCCAGGUCAGCCUCCCGGUGGGAUCACCGUUGUACGUGGGUGUCACUGUGGCGUACAGAGACACAAACUUUGGGCUUGUUCUGGAGGACUGCUUCGCCACUCACUCAUCAGACCCCGAUGAUCCCUCACGAUACCCCUUCAUCCAGAACCAGUGUCCUGCUGCCGGACAAGCGGUGUCCAUCAUUGAAAGCGGCAGGUCCCUGCAGGCUCGUUUUUCUGCUCUGCUCUUCGCACUCCAGGAUGAUUACCCAGACAUUUUCCUGCACUGCAACCUGAGCCUUUGUGACCGGACACGUUACAGCUGUAUCCCACGCUGCAGAAGCAGAACAUCUCGCUCUGUUUCCAGCUCUGCUUCUCUGGAGCCCAUCACCAUUGGACCCAUAACUUGGCACAAACCAGCUCAGUGAAUCAGAAAUCUACAAUGAUGAUAUCACCUCAUUUCAUGUUUUCAUAUUAAAUUGCUUUCUGCUCGAGGUUUUUUCCCUGUUAAAAGGGUGUUUUCCUUGCCACUGUCGCCUUUGGGCUUGCUCUGGGGGUCAGGCAUAUGGGUUCUGUAAAGCGCCUUGAGACAAUUUGACUGUAAUUGACGCUAUAUAAAUAAAAUUGAAUUGAAUUGAAUUUUAUUGAAAUUAAAUAUUCAAACAUUUAAUUGUAAUGAUAAAUAAACCAUUGUACACUUUAA